ACCGCUGCCGCCGCCGCUGGCCGAGGAGGCGCCGCCACCGGCGCCCUGUCCGGCCGACGCGGCGUGGGGCUGGCCGCAGGGGACGGCGAUGUAUGACGAGACGGUCACCAGCGCCGACACGGAGCACAUGCAGUUCGACUCGUCGCCGGUGGCGCUGGAGGAGGCCUGGGAGUCCGGGGACCCCGAGUCGAUGACGCUAGCGGAGGCCGACCAGUUCCUCAGCUCACGAAUCCUUCAGAGAAAAGACCGAUCGAAGGAACUGCUCUCGGAUGCUCAGGCGCUGGAGGCGGAGCGAAUUCUGAACGCGCCUCACAUAGCGGACAGACUACAGCCGGACGUGCAAUCACCCGCCACCGCCGACGACGUUGACCAAUCACCGGAGAGGGCUCCAAAUAUGGACCAAUGGGAGACAGAGGACCAGAACGGCAGCCAGUCACUGAUUUGCAACGCCGGUCCGGCUGGAAUCAGAAGCGAGCGUCUCGUGACCGAUGACCUGGUCGUGGACGUCAUCUACGACGAUGACUCCCCUCCGGUGGCCUACUUCGAAGAGGUGCUGGUGGAGGACGGCGUCCAUUUCCUGGAGGACGGCCACUACUGGGAGGACGGGCCGCCGCUUCCGGCCGCCGACCAGGAGGAGCCGGUAGCCACCGCCGCUUACAAGCCGCCCACCAGAGUCUGCUUCAGCCGCGACCCCGUGCGGGUCUACAGCACCUUCACGUCCGUCGAAUACGACCGGAGGAACGAGGACGUGGAUCCAGUGGCCGCCUCUGCGGAGUACGAGCUGGAGAAACGCGUGGAGAAGAUGAACGUGUUCGAGGUGGAGUUUGACAAGGGCGCCGAGGGUCUGGGCCUCAGCAUCAUCGGUAUGGGCGUGGGCGCUGACGCUGGGCUGGAGAAGCUCGGCAUCUUCGUCAAGACCAUCACAGAGGGCGGUGCAGCUCACAAGGACGGCCGCAUACAGGUCAAUGACCAGAUCAUCGAGGUGGACGGCAAAUCCCUGGUGGGUGUGACGCAGGCGUACGCCGCCUCCGUGCUGCGCAACGCCUCGGGUCACGUCAAGUUCAUGAUCGGCCGGGAGACGGACCCCGAGAACAGCGAGGUGGCCCAGCUGAUCAGGCAGUCGCUGCGGGCCGACAAGGACCGCGAGGACCGACAGAAGGCGCUGCAGCGCGACUUCGACCAGCAACAGCGCCUGCUGGAGCAGAUCAAGCAGGGCCAGACGCCGCCUCCGUCCUAUCAGGAGGCGACCAACCGUGAAGCAACGCCCGCGGCCGAGGCGGAGGUCACAGAGGUCGCCGCGCCCGCGCCGCCGCCCGAGGCGGUACCGGAGCCCAGCGCCGCGGAGCUGGAGUUACAGGGCAAACUGCAGCAGGCUUUGGACAAACAUCACAAGUUUGAAUCAGAGAUAUCAAAGCUAAAAAUCAGGAUCGGCGAGCUGGAGGCGCUGCUGUCCGCCUCGCAGGAGGAGCGGCGUCAGCUGGCGGAGGCGCGGGACCAGCUGUCGCGCUGCGAACAGAGUCUGGAGGCCGCCCGGCUCGAGGCGGCCAACCACCACAACACGCUGCUGGCCCAGCGGCAGCUGUCCGAGCAGCUGGAGCGCAAGUACCAGAAGGCCAAGCGUCUGAUCGGCGAGUUCCAGCGGCGCGAGGCGGGCAUGCUGCAGCGCGAGGAGCGCCAGGCCGGGCGCGAGCGCGAGUACGAGCGACUCGACACGUCUGAGCUGUCGGACGCGGAGGCGCCGCCGCCGGUCGGCGAGCGGCCGGCGCGUCGCUCCGGCGAUAGUCGGCUUAAGGAGGAGCUGGACCGGGCCGUGCCGCCGCACGAGCUGCUGGAUACCUCGGCCAGCCGCAGUCGCGCAGAGCUGGCCAGCAAGGGUAGCCUCUCGCAGCGCCAGCCGCCCCACCUCAAGCGCAACACCAGCUCUAGCAGCGCCGGCAGCGUGGACCAGAACUUCAACGACAUUGGCCAGGAGUACCCAGACAUUCUGGUGAACGCGACGCCGCGGAGUUCGGGUCGGCACCACCACCAGCACCAUCAGCAGCACCAGCAACAGCACCAGCACCAGCAGCAGAUGCCGCCCAAUCAGCGGGACCCUGGUUUGCAGCCGCUCGGAAUACCCAUCCCUACGUCCGCAAACCAGUCGUCCCCGCCACGGCCACCUGGUCGGGCGCCGAUGCCAGCGCCGCCUCACGGCGGACCGGCACAGUUGGAGUCCCGGAGCCCGCCGCGAGGCAGCCGGCCGGAAAUCCCGUACCGCGAGCCGCCGGCUCCUCAGCCCAGCCCGCGCUCCGCGGGUCUGCCCCCGCCUCAGGGCACGCCGCGGGAGGACAGCUCGCCCGAGACACACCAGGGCCUCUCACCGGGCGUCGACCCCAAGCUGCAGAUGCCGCGCGGCCUGAUGGACGAGCUGAGGAACGCCGUGCACGACUCGCGCACCUCCGGCCAGUAUUCGCCGAGAAAGCCGGGCUCCUCCUCGGUGUGGCAGGGCCAGCAGUACCCGCCGGGCGAGGCACCCGUCUCCAGGGGUGGCGGACCCAGGGAGAACGCCGGCGCUAGGAAGCCUGACGGCGGCGGUAUCGUGCUGCUCAGUCAGAGACCCCUGGACACCAGCCUGCCUGCGCCGCAGACCAGAGACGAGCAGCCGCUGCCCCGGCCAUCUCACCUGCACGCGGCCUCGUUCUCUCCGUCGUCGGGGAGCGCGGCCGGCGCGGUGCCGGCCGUCGCCGGCGAGCACAAGCGGCCCGGUCCCCACGUGUGGCAGGGCGGCCCCGUGCACGACUGGUCCAAGGAGCAGGUGGGACAGUGGCUUCUGGCACUGGGCUUGGAGCAGCACACCGCAACCUUCAUGGACCAGAACAUCAGUGGCGCACACCUGCUCACUCUCGACUCCAAACAGUUUAAACAGCUUGGUCUCGACGGCGAUGACAAGGUCAAGGUGAAGCGCAAGCUGAAAGAACUCAAACUGCAAAUAGCGCGUGAUAAGAAGCAGGCCGAGAAGGAGAAAAAGGAGAAGGACAAGCUACAAAAGAAGGCAGAGAAAUUAGUCGAAAAGGCGGUUAAGAAGAAGUGAAUUCUGUACGAAGCCUUUCAAACUAGAGUGCCUGUAACUGUGACGCACUCGGUUGUCGAGUCGUGCGUAGCUGCGCGUAAUUAAUACUUCGGGGACUGCCAUAGGUAAUUGUAAGACGGAAGGGAGUACUAACUAUUCAUGACUGAGUGCAUCGCUAAGUGUUUACAAACGAGGUCGCGAUGGAACCGCUAAUCGAUCAGCUCCCAGAUGUGAUAUACAUAUGCAUAUAUAGUGUGUUUCGAACGUUUGGCAGCUGUUCCUUAGUAACUCCGGGGAUCAAGUCUUAACAUUCCUUCCAUACUUGCGUUUGAGACACGGCAGCUCGACAUGUGCCGUGCCGGGCCGCCGAGGGGCGCGGUGGGCGAUGCGGCAACGGCGGGCUGGGCCCCCGAGCUGAGCCCUGCGAGGCAGAGGACGACUGCACCGGUCUAGUGACGUCACUAGCCAGCUGUUCACGUUUUCCACCUGUCUGCGACCUGCUGCGCGCUUGUGCUGACGUUUCCGCACGCCCCGCCCAGUGUGGGCGGGGCGUGCCCUGGAGGCGGAGUCAGGGUGUGGGGCGGGGUGCGUCCUGGUGGCGGAGGCAGGACGUGUUGCCCCCCCCCCCCCCACAGCCAACAUCCCGCAGCUGUUUCCGUGAAGCCCCGCAUUUUGACAUGUGCCAAUUUUACGAAGCUCGUGUUGCUUUGUUACAGUUGUAUUGUGUCAGUGUGCUGUUUGUUUUUUUAGAGUUUUAUGAACGUCACGUAGGCCUAAUGCUCGCAUGGGCUUUUCGAUGUGGAUGUGCCCCUGGCCGAUUGCAACUUUUUUAGGUGAGCAAAUAAACAUACAUAUUCUUU